GUUACGUUCUGGCCUUGGCUUGUUGCCUUUGAGACCAUUGUAAUGCUUGGCUGUUUUGGACCCCCAAGUGUUGGGUUUGGGAGUGCUUGUUUCUUGUCUUGCUCCGCGUGGUUCCGUUCGCUUGGCACAGUCUGACUGACUUCCAUCCUUUCAUCCCAUCAUCGUCGUUCCAGUUCCUACUCUCGCUAGUCUCAUUUUCUCUCCUGUUUUCACUGUCUUUCCAAGUAAACGACACACAUACUCUGUGAAAAGAGUAUGCGGCUCCUGUGAUUAUUGCCAGCGUACCAACUUCUUGCGUGAAGGCUUUUGCUCAUCGUCCCUCGUUUCAGCGCCCCUCCCGUCCUUCGUUAUACGCUCCAGUGAUCUCGUCGUCCCUCGUUCUCUCGGUUCCCCCCUCUCCGCCAUGAGGUGGAAUGUUGCGGUCUGUGGCCUGAUGGGCCUGCUCGCUCAGUCUGCGACAGCCAUCACCAUGGACAUCGACGAUACCCAAUCGGUCAAGGAUGCCGCCGCUACGAUAGCAUACGGAAUGCUGAAAUACUACACGGGAAACAACACCGGCGACACACCCGGAAACUUGCCGGACCCUUACUACUGGUGGGAAGCAGGCGCAAUGUUUGGCGCAAUGGUCGAUUAUUGGUGGGUUACAGGCGACACAUCUUAUGUGGAAGUGACGACACAGGCGAUUGUACACCAAGCAGGCGAUGCCCGAGAUUUCAACCCCGCCAACCAGUCCCGAACAUCAUCCAACGACGACGUAGGCUUUUGGACUAUCACGGCCAUGAUGGCGGCCGAGGACGCGUUUCCAGACCCACCUCCGGACCAGCCGCAAUGGCUGGCGCUCGUCCAGGCCGUUUUUAACCAGAUGGCUUCGCGCUGGGACGACUUGAACUGCGGCGGAGGUCUCAGAUGGGCUAUCAACGACUUUCAGACGGGCAAAGAUUAUAAAAACUCUAUUUCCAACGGCAUCUUCUUCAACCUCGGCGCACGUCUUGCGCGCUUUACAGGCAACAGCUCCUACGGCGAAUGGGCCUCGCGCACCUGGGAUUGGGAACGCUCCAUCAACCUGAUCACGGACGAAUACGACGUCAAAGACGGUGCCCACUUCGACGUGACAACACACGUAUGCCGCAACGACUCCGGGCCCCACGUAUGGUCUUACAACAUCGGCGUCUUCCUCCAAGGCGCGGCCUUCAUGUACAACGUCUCGACGGGCGCCGAGCAAGAGACGUGGAAAACCCGCGUGGACGGCCUGUUGGGGGCCGUCGAGGCCAAGUUCCUGACCAACGACACCAAGAUCAUCAAGGAAUGGUACUGCGAAUCGGGAUUUUCGGACCGCGGACACCCGUACCAGUGCAACAUUGACCAGCAGACGUUCAAGGGCUAUUUGCUGCGGUGGCUCUCAUCAACUUCGCAAGUCGCGCCCUACACGUACGAACGCAUCAAUCCCUGGAUACGCGCAACCGCCGCCGCCGCCGUCGCGACUUGUACGGGGCCCGUCGGGGCGGCAGCACCGCAAGUAGACAGCGGUGGCAUCCAACCAGGCUUCAAGGGCAUCGACGGGACCGCGUGCGGGUUCAAGUGGACGCAGACGUUUGACGGGUGGGCGGGUGUGGGCGCGCAGAUGAACGCUUUGUCGGCUGUCAUGUAUACCUUGACGCAUAAGGGGGUGGGCAAGGCGGCCAAGGGACCCGUCACGACGGCGCAGGGCGGCACGUCCAAGGGUGAUCCCGGAGCAGGUGUGACGGAUCCGGCGUCGAGAGGAGGGUUGGCGGCGCUGAAGCCCAUCACCAUGGCGGAUCGGGUUGGUGCGGGCAUCGUGACGGCGAUUUUGGCUAUUAGCAUUGUGGGCGGGAGUGUGUUUUUGACUAUCUAAGCAGCCGGGCGUUGUUGGGCUCAGCCGGUGUGGGGAAAUAUCAUGAUUUUUUUUUUUUUUUUGGGUGUUUGAUAAAUGGGCACGCAAUAUAGGCCUCUUUCUUCAAUUCCCCCCAUCAGUUCCUUGUUUUGUUUAAAACACUGCUUCAAAGCUUUACUGCAGCGUUGGGAGGCUUUGCGUGAUGGUGUGAAGACCGAUACUUUUCUGCCUUUUGUUCAUUCUUAGCUUCCACCAUUGUCCAGAACAGCAUGAUGCAAGUAAGGCAUUCGGCGUUAAUUUUGAGCGUACCUCGAGCAACCAUUCUCGGAACCUUGUGACUUGAGUGUUGUUCAUCGC